AUGGGUUGCGUCUCGUCCUCUCCGACUACGAAGAACGGUGAAGGUGAUGGUGCCUCUUCUUCGGGAAAGAGCAGGUUCACCCAGACAACGCUAACAACAGAGUCGGCUUUGGGUGAGCGCACGUCGUCCUCCUCCUCCUCUAGGGAAGAUGUUCUCCACGCUUUGGGAACGACGACAACGGUUUCCAAUCCCUCGUCUGCGUCGGAUCGGAAGAGCGGGAACUCGAGCAGCACGAACAGCGAAAAGAACAACAACGCGAAGAAUACGAAGAAUAAGAAGAACAAACAGCAGCAGGAGCAGCAGCAGCAACCACCGCAACAACAACAGAGACGAGGGAUAUUAAAAAGCGCGAGUCACGAUCGGUUCCAAAAUCAAACGCCGCCUCCGUCGCCAAAUUACGAGUUUUUAUUGUCCAACGCGGUGAGUUUGCGGGAGGACGAUACCUUGAGCAUGAGCAACGCGAGUCGAUUGAAGAAAGCCGGGAGCGCCGGGGCGUUACAGAUUGACCUCUCUCGAGUGCACGAGAACGAUAGGAAUGGCAGUAGUAGUAAUAAUAACAACAACUCCGUUGAUGAGAUGACGACGACGAGCGGCGCGUCCAGUCCGGAGAGAAAUACCGAGUCGAACAUUUUCUCGAGACUCCCUCCGUCGCCGACGGGGACGAAAAGUGGCGUGAAGCGGAUAUCGUUCGCGACAGAUUUAGUGGACGUGAUGGAAGACGACUCGCUGGUGGAGGAAGAGGAAGAGGAGAAGACGAGGCACUGGUCAACGAGUUUAUUUCGAGGGAGUAAGAGAGAUAGCGAGGAUUUAGCGGAGGAGAUUGCAAACGUGAAGAGAGGAGGAGGCGGAGGGAAUAGUAAUAGUAACAGUAAUAAGACUCUCGGAUCGAAGAAUAACGGCGGUGGUGGCAUUAUUAAUGUCGAUAAUUCGUUCUCGUCGGAAGAUAUCGACGUUUCGAAAAUGUUUGAAAACGAGGACACGGAAAACAGCGGAGGAACCGGUACUGCCGGCGGUAACUUUGAAGAUGAAGACUACGAGGAAGAAGAGUAUUGGUUUCACGGGAUUUCUGUGAGUACACAGAGAGCGCGGUCGGAGGUGUUGCACGCGCGAUUGCAAGCCGCGGAAGGCGAGACGGAACGUUUGCGAGAGAACUCGAACGAUAGUAGGAAAAAAUUAGUGGAAUUGAUCAUCUCGACUGGAAUCACUCGGGAAGAGUUGCAGCCGGAAAUUGAAGAUUUGAAAGAAGAAAUUCGGAAAGGUAAAAAAACGAGACGGACGAGAAGCGUGGAAACGAUGGACAUUCAAGAGGAGGAGGGAGAGGAGAGGCCGUUCGUAUACGACAGCGAGCGAAUUUCAAACUUGUUGCACAAAUUUUUAGAAAAGAUUGAAAGCUACGAUUCAACCACCUCCGCGGCGGCGAGCGGAGGUUCCUCUCCAACCAACACCGGUAAUGCCACGUCGCCUCGGCGAGAGCGACAGCAACCCGUCGCUUUGACUAUUUUGACGCACUGGGCGAGAACCGGCGACGCUGAAGCCGCGUUAUCGAGAGCAGAGUUGGAAAAGUCGCGUUUGGCGCACUCGAGCGCAAAAUGGACGUUACAAUCCGCCAUGCAAGCGGUAAAAGAUACCAUGACGCGAGAAACCGUCGUGAAGGAGAAACUGAAGCGUCGGCAAAAGAUUUUGGAGAUUGCGACCAGAAGGAGAGAGUUAGCGAACGAAGAUUUGAAAACGGCCGAGAAUCGAUUGGAGCGCGCGCAAGAAAUUCGAACAGAUAUGAACGUCGCACUGGCGAAAGCCGUCGGAGAUUUUGAAACUUCCAAAGCCGCUCUGGUAUUGUGGAAGAAAAGGCGCAACGGCGCCAUGAUGACGUUUAAAGAUGCCAUUAACGAACUGACUGAGGAAACGGUCAUUGAAGUUAAUUCUAAAACAAAAGAGUUUGUCACCAGAGCGACGAAAGCGUCCGAGGCGUUAUCCUUAGCGUACACUGCGUUAGGCAGUCGAUUACAAAGAGCACUAGAUGAAGGUUCGAGGCAUCGCCCAGAGCCAAAAGACGAACAAAAUUCGCGCGCGUUGAACAACGACGCUCGAGCGGCAUUCGUUGCGCACAAUCGCGCGGAGCAAGCCAUGAACGCGCCAAUUUCAUUACAUUUUGCCAAACUCAACGCGUUAGAAUCCUCUACCAGACACUUGUUAGCCGAGUGCGAAGAGGAGGUCACCAAAGGCAUCUCGCAAUUUUACGAAGCCUUUCGCGUUGAACGAGAAGCGAGAGAGAAAUCGGAAACGGCAAACUUGGACGCGAAGAUUUGCGAGACGACUUUAGAAGUUGCGCAGUCGUACGCGCGAACCGCGGACAGAGCGUACGACGACGCUUUGUAUUUCGCGCAAAGUACCAUGGAACAAGAAAUUCAAGAAGUAAACGAAGCUAUGAUUGUGACCAAACGUCGAUUGGAGGAAGCGAGAGAACACGAGCGUUCAGCGCAAGCGCAAUUGUCCGAAUCGAUUGCGAAAUGGGGUAAAAAGAAAGCGCUGAUGGGUAAAGAUAACGCCAAAUCUCCAUGGAGAGCUGUCACGAGAGCAGUGAACGACGUUCAUGAUCUUUCCACCGUCAUCCGUGGACGAGAGAUGAUUGCAAAACCCGAGGACGACAAGGUAUCGUUUCCCGUGCAUUAUUUGAAGGACGAAGACGGGGUCAUGAAGACGCAACUGAGCAUGGAAAGCAUUCCGGAAAUGCACAAAAACUCAAAAGUUUCGUUCAACAUUUCCGAAAGUCUUUUACACAGGUCGAUUUCCAACAACAGUAAUAACGCUUUGUUAGCCAUGCAACAACUCCAAGGCGGCUCUUCUUCUGCAGCUGCUGCAGCCGCUGCGAGUGGAGAACAAGGCGUCAACGGUUUGACGCUUCAACAGACGGACUCGCAAGCGUCCAUCGCCUCCACCAACUCCGACCUCGAAAAUCUCAUGCAAACGUUAUCGGGUGGGAGUUUAACCGCACCGGAAGCAAAGAAAAGAGCGACUGUGCUCGAUACAAUAGAUAAGCAAGCGGUGGAAUUCAAGAACGAAGCGGAUGUAGUUCGCGCGACGCGCUUGGUCGAAUUGAAAGCUCGAGAAUCGGUGGAAGAUUUUAGCGGGCACGCUCAUCAAACCGGUACGUUCUAUUGA